UCUUAUACCCUAGCUAACCCCAAAAGCUCGCCGGAACCGCCGCCAUGUCUUCGAAGGGCAAGAAGAAGCAGAAGCCGUCGGUGUCCCCGCAGCCGUCACCUCGUACCCCACUCUCUCGCGCCCGUGAAGGCGCCGGCGGCUGCAUCCUGGACCUCCCGUCCACCGCUGCAGCGGCAGCGGCGCGGUACCCGGCGCUCGUACCCCGCGGAGGCGCCGGUUGUUUCACCGGCACCGUCUUCGAUGUGGUCUCCAGGGGCGGGAUUCGUGGUGGCGAGGGGACGCUCUGGCUCUCCGGGGACGCCAUGGCCAGCUCCGGGCUGCGGCAUGGGUGUCUCGUCUCUGUAUCACUCAUUUCUUCAAGUAGUAACAGUUUAGAUGAAUUCCCACUUGAUAGCUUAUUUGAGGAGUGCACCAGAUUCUUUGAUCUUGAUGUGGACAAUGAUCUCAUCUCUAACGAAGCUGGGGGGAACUUUGUGACUGCCAAAGUUUUCCCUUCAUGUGAGGUUCAAAAGAAUGGCAUCAAGCUCUCUUGGGACCUUGCCUGCACGCUUGGAUACCCUGUAGUAGGUCGUCCUUUGUUAAUUAGCCCCCUAUAUACAUCUCAAGCCCCAAAACAAACUGAUGGUGGUGAGUUUUUGAGGGUGAUAAAAUGCAGCGAUCUCUACCUUAGUCUAGUUCCACCAAAAGUUGCACCAUCCAGCCAUAAUAAGUCAGGGUCUGAUUGCCAUCCUGUAAGAAAUGUGAUGGUUAUGGAGUCACCUAAAAGGAUUCCUUCAACUUCUCCAUGCAGAAAUGAAUCCCAUGACGGUGCAUCUUACAGUGGUUCUUCAUUGUGCUUGGAUCAAGCCACUGCAAAAUCAGUAUUGGCAGAUGAUAAAAUAAAUGACUUGCUGCAGACUUCUGCAUCACGGUGGCUUGGUGGUAGGCACUUACUGAAAGGAAACUACGUUCCUCUCCCAAUGUGCGGGAAACUAUCUAUGUUUGUAGUUUUGCGUGCAGAAGCAGAUGAUUCUGCCCUGGAUGUAGUGCAUGAGAAAAACAAUUCAAUGUCUAAUGCAGAGGUCUCUGGUAAAUUGGUUGAAACCCCUGCUUUGUUCCUUGUCGACAGAACCACAAAAGUGCACCUUUCUGAUUUGUCAUCUUCAAAGGAGUUUGGGUCAGAUAAGCUAGGGCUCCCACCAGAAUAUUCCGUGUGUGCUGAUACAGGAAAUGAAGAUACCAAUCCUAACCAAAGGCUUGGUGGGUUAUCUGAAGUAUCAGCAAAAGUAAAAGAAAUGAUUUCAUUUUCGCUGGCAGAUCAAAUUAGUCUGCCGAGGAAUGGUUUGCAUGAUUUACCAAGGUAUAAAGGUAUUCUUCUUUAUGGUCCACCUGGAACAGGGAAAACCUCUCUUGCUUCUUCAUGUGCCUAUGAUCUGGGAGCCAAUCUUUUUACAAUCAAUGGACCAGAGAUCAUUAGUCAGUAUCACGGUGAAAGUGAACAAGCAUUGUAUGAUGCUUUCACUUCAGCUAAGCAAGCUGCACCUGCUGUGAUAUUUAUUGAUGAAUUGGACGCGAUUGCUCCAGCCAGGAAGGAUGGAGGCGAGGAGUUAUCUCUUAGAAUGGUUGCCGCUCUGUUAAAACUGAUGGAUGAGAUUGGCCGUAAUGAUCGUGUUAUCCUGAUUGCUGCUACAAAUCGGCCUGAAAGUAUUGAUCGUGCAUUACUGCGCCCAGGAAGAUUUGAUCAAGAAAUUGAAAUAGGAGUACCAUCUCCAGGACAGAGGCUGGACAUACUUCACCUCCUUCUAAGUGGAGUUCACCACUCUCUCACUAGUGAGGAAGUUGAGUGCCUUGCUUUUGGCACUCAUGGAUUCGUGGGUGCUGAUCUAGCUGCACUCUGCAAUGAGGCUGCAUUGAGUGCUCUUCGCCGUUAUAUUAGUGUAAAAGAAAGUUCAACUCAACCACUUGGUGAUCGUGCCACACAUGCAGAAAAGACUAAUAUUCAAGAAAUUGAUGGCCUUUUGGGUUAUGAAAUAAGCUCAUUAUCAUCAUCUCUCUCAAAGUUAACCAUGUCAACGGAGGAUUAUAGCUGGACCAAUAGAGGUGAUAUCAUAGAAAGUAGCGAGCUGGAUGAUAAGAAAGAUGAGUUGCUAUUGUUGGUGAUUAAAGAUGACUUUGAACAAGCUAAAAUGAAAGUUAGACCAAGUGCAAUGCGUGAGGUAAUGCUAGAGCUUCCGAAGGUACAAUGGGAGGAUGUUGGUGGUCAAGCCAGGAUCAAGAAGCAGUUAAUUGAAGCCAUCCAGUUGCCACAGAAAUGCCCAGACGCAUUUGAACGCUUAGGGAUCCGCCCUCCUAGAGGAUUGUUAAUGAUUGGACCACCAGGUUGCAGUAAGACAUUGAUGGCUCGCGCAAUAGCUUCUGAAGCAAAAAUGAAUUUCCUUGCAGCUAAGGGUCCUGAGCUUUUCAGCAAAUGGGUCGGUGACUCUGAGAAGGCAGUGAGAUCAUUAUUUGCGAAGGCGAAGGAUAAUGCGCCUGCAAUAUUAUUUUUUGAUGAAAUAGAUGGGCUUGCAGUAACUCGUGGCCAUGGAAAUAAUGGCAUAUCUGUUGCUGAUAGGGUACUCAGUCAGCUGCUACAGGAAAUGGAUGGUUUGGACCAAAAGAUUGGUGUCACUGUUAUUGCAGCUACGAAUCGUCCUGACAAAAUCGACAUUGCACUUCUGAGACCAGGUCGUUUCGAUAGACUGCUUGAUGUUCAGCCACCAGAUGAAGCUGACCGUGAAGAUAUUUUCCGGAUUCAUACACGCGGCAUUCCCUGCAGUCACGACGUUAAUCUAAACGAACUCGCUAGACUCACAGAAGGCUACACCGGUGCCGACAUAAAGCUCGUCUGCAGGGAAGCCGCUGUAGCUGCUCUUGAUGAGAACUUUGACAUCCCAGAAGUAGCAACUAGACACUUCAAGUCGGCAAUCGACCGAACUUGGCAAUGCUGGUUCUAUUUGCAAUUGACACCUUGCAAGUGCUAUCGCCAGAUAAAAAACAAGCCAUACCCCAAGUCAAGGUACUGUCGUGGUGUACCUGACCCGAAGAUCAGGAUCUAUGAUGUUGGGAUGAAGAAGAAGGGAGUGGAUGAGUUCCCCUCCUGCGUCCACCUGGUCAGCUGGGAAAAGGAGAAUGUCUCCAGCGAGGCUCUUGAGGCUGCCCGUAUUGCUUGCAACAAGUACAUGACGAAGAAUGCUGGAAAGGAUGCGUUCCACCUGAGGGUCAGGGUCCAUACAUACCAUGUCCUUCGCAUCAACAAGAUGCUUUCAUGUGCUGGGGCUGAUAGGCUCCAGACUGGAAUGAGGGGUGCUUUUGGGAAGCCUCUGGGUACCUGUGCUCGUGUGGACAUUGGCCAAGUUCUACUAUCUGUGCGCUGCAAGGAGAGCAAUGCUGUUCAUGCUGAUGAAGCCCUCCGCCGUGCCAAGUUCAAGUUCCCAGGCCGUCAAAAGAUCAUUCGCAGCAGGAAGUGGGGCUUUACCAAGUUCAACAAGGCCGAUUACAUCAAGUACAAGAGUGAGGGAAGAAUCGUGCCUGAUGGUGUCAAUGCUAAGUUGCUUGGUGUCCAUGGCCCCAUUGCUAAACGUGCCCCUGGGCAGGCGAUCCUGGCUUGAGGCAGUUGAAGCAUGCACAGACCAUUUCCUUCACUAGAUGGAACUCAUGAGUUCUGUUUUUGCUUUAGCUAGUAUAAUUCCCCAUGCUUGAACGAGUGUUAAGUAAAGCUGGCUGCUGGCUGCAGUAUAAUCUACUUCUGUAGUUCUUUACUGUAGACCGUUUCUCAUGGUGGAGGUUUACAUAUCUGCAGUUGUCCUGUUUUAGCACUUUCUUGAGAUUGUUAUCUACAAGUGCUGGAGAAUUUUCUGGAUCAUCCAUGAAUGAUGUAUAACUGUUGCCUAUGCUCAAUCACCUAGUGUGGCCUUUUCAUUGA